ACUCCGGCGGCUGUCGGGCGGUGGGACCCGCACGGCCCCCACCCCCCGCCGCGGUCGGAUGUUUCAUUGUCCGGAAAUGAUGGAGAAGGAGUGACUGCGAGUGGCGGCGUGUGCGCGACCCUGCCCGAGGCGGGGAAGAGCCGGGGCGGCGGCGGCGAGGAGCUUCCCGGGGAGGAAAUGCUGGGGGUCGCGUGUUAGUUUUGUUGGAGGGGGGUGCAGGCUCUCUGUUCCUCGGAGCGAGAGCUGGCAGAUGUCCCAAGUGAGAGAACCUCUUCCUCCGGGGCCUGAAGGGCCAGAGCGAGCUCCGACUGAAAACAGCUCUUUGAUCUCUCUCCCUCGAGACCAGGAGAAUACUGCGACAGAAGAUAAAGACGUUAAACAGCCUUCCAGUAACCAAAGUAUACAACCAGAGAUACAAGACCAGUCUGUCUGGGGGAAUCGCAGUGAUGGUGAGCUCAUCAGAACACAACCUCAACGUUUGCCUCAGCCAAAUACUUCAGCACUGGAAAGGGGUGAGGAAGAAAGUGUCAAAAUCCAAAAUGGCCGUGUGGGUCUGAGUAAUGGAAGUGGAAUUCACAAUGGGGUCAAGCAUGUGUCUGGAGACAACAGAAAACUUUCGUCUCCUGUUUCAGAAAAAAUGCACAGGAAAAUUCAGUCCACCUUGUCUGUCAACAGCAACAGCAGCAAGAAGAGUAAAAUAAGCUCUGUGUUUUCUCAGAAGCCAGGUACUUCACCUGAAGAUUGCUGUGUUCACUGCAUCCUGGCUUGCUUGUUCUGUGAAUUUAUCACUCUCUGUAACAUUGUUCUGGGACAAGCAUCCUGUGGCAUCUGCACAUCGGAGGCGUGCUGCUGUUGCUGUGGGGACGAGAUGGGAGAGGACUGUAACUGCCCAUGUGAUAUGGACUGUGGCAUAAUGGACGCAUGUUGUGAAUCUUCAGAUUGCUUGGAGAUCUGCAUGGAAUGCUGUGGGAUCUGCUUCCCAUCAUGAAAUAUUUAUCCCUUUUUGUUUUAUUCUCUAUAAAACUGGAGAGCUUUUCUUUAAAUACAUUUGAAGAAAGACAAGGUAAGAUUUUCACACAACCAACUGAUAUUGCACUGUUAAUUCCCUAUGUAUAAAUGUUUUUUAAAAAAGCAAUCCUCUGUAUGCUAACACAAAAUGUAUAGUUUUGUGUGUGAAACUCAAGCAACAUUCCGGCUUCCUUUUGGCUUUGCAAAUGGAAGACCUUGUUGAAACCGAAUUGUAGGCGUGAUAACUGCAGGCUGUAUGAAGGCAAAACUACCAUUUGAAAUGAGUGACCGGUUUUGGUCAGAGUAAAGACUACAGGGCAAAGCCUUAAGCAUUUGCCUUUAAGUAGUUUAGUGUUUAAACACUCAAAUGCCUCCAUGCAUAACAUGCCUUUACAGGCAUUCUGGAAAGCAAAAUGUCUUAAUUUCAGUCUCUUUGCAUUGAAAGCAACUUUGUUCUAUUAUUUUAAACUUAAUACAAAGUCAGCCUUGGGAGUGUGCUGUUGGUUUUGGUACAGUGGUCGCAUGGGCAGUAUUUCUUUUGUUUAUAGGUGUUUCUUUUGUUUUAUUUUUUGUUAUUUCUUUAACUAUCUCAUUGGUUUGAGAGAGAUUCCUGUUAUUUUUCAGCAUCAAUAUGGAUGCUAUGGGAAAAUCUGGCAAACUGAAGUCAAUUAAAGUUUUGCCAUGUUCUACAGUAACAAGAUUUUGUUGUUAUCAGUCAAGGCAGAAUAGAGAACUUACGUUUUAUUUCAGUACUAAUAUUACUUGAAGUGCUUGAUUUUUGAAAGAGACUUUGAAAAAUCUGUGUAGACAUUAUUAUAUCCUUAGACUAACAGACUAACUAAUAGACUAACAAAUCUUCAGAAUUUGGCUAUGAAAAAGGAAUUAUCAGAAGUUAACUCAAGAAUCUAGACCUGUAUGUUAGUGUCACUGUCAACAUUUGUGGCUUUACAGCCAGUAUCAUCUAACUUAGCAUUUAUUUCCUCACCAUGUGAGAAAUAUCCAAAGAGGAUGGCAAAAUUUAAACAGGGUAUAAAGACCAAAUUAAAAUUUACUUCCUCAAGGAAUUCUGUCAUUGAAUGCAAAAAUGUUUAUUCUUGGAUGUGUCUUAAGUGUUACUUUUAAAAAACUGUGUGAAAUAGAACAUUUAAAAGAUGUAUCAUAUCCUUUAACUAUAAAUGGAAUAUGAUUUAAAAUGUUUGAAAAGUAUAGUUAGGAUCUGGUGGACAAGUUGCUCUCUGUUACACCACUAAGGUUUUCUGAAAAUUAUCACUCUUUGUAAUUGCAAAAUUAAUUUAGUCCAACACAUAAAAAAGUUUAAAGCAUUCUCAGAUUUAGGGAAUAAUAGUACCCAUUUUCUUCACCGUCUUCUAGUUCCUCCCCUCUAUGUCUAUAGCUCAUUAACUUUUCUCUGUAAACCACCUACACAUGUUGAUUUCACAAACUUCCUUAUGUACACUCCAGAUUUCCCAUUUGUAGAUUGUUGGAUCUCAUGAAGUUAGACCUUGUUACAAGAGUCAUCAAUAGCCAAUAGCUUAUUUCUGUUGAGUGAAUUGACUAUAAAUGUCUCUUUCUGCUUUAGUGAAUUCAAUUUAUGUAAAUGUGACAAGCUGAAGAUCACAGGAGUGUGAAGCUAAGUCAACAAAUGGUCUGAUAUUAACUGAAGCUUCUCCCUGUGAACACUGACUAGUAGUGCCUACUACUGCAAGUUAUCACUGAAGGUAACAUAGCUGAAUCCUCAACUAUUCUAGGGAGCUAGGAGGUGUUACUUUUUCCUUAACAUCUGCAAUAUUGUGGUGUAUUCUCAUGCAAUGCAGAUUUACUCAGAGGGUUUCUUAUCUAUUUUUUUUGAUAGUUAGUACAAGAUUUGAGUCUUAUCAUGUUUCCUUUUAAUUUUUUUUUCAUAUAUUGGGCCAGAGUCAGAUCUGUGUUGCAUAAAUUAAGUGCAUUUCCAUUAACGUCAGAAUUUUCCAUUGGUUUAGCUCCAGCUAGGGAGCACAAAGAUAUUAUGGUAAUAGGCAGGCUAAUAAGGAAUUGUAUAGUUAAAUUGAUAAAUUCCCUGGGCUCAGAAUCAGGCCCAUGGGGCUCAAUUAUGACUCCUUAAAGUCUGAACCAUAUUGGAAAGGGGAAGAGGUGCCUUGGUUGAGUGGCAGUGCCUGGAGGCAUUUUGCCUUUGUAAGGCAUAAUGCCUCUGGGGAAAUAGGGGGCAUCACAGUGAGCACUGGGACUAGAUGCACCUUGGAAAAAGUCUAGACAGUGCUUCGCCCGUUGUAGGUCUAUGGUGGACACUCUGGUGGUGGGGACAUGCUCUUUGGGGCUAGGCAGCAACAUGAAUUGUCCUUACUCCUGUACUCCUGGUCUUGAUGGAAGUGAAUUAUGGCUGUUUCUUUUCUGAAUGUGCUUUUUGGGACAACAAAGAGGACCCCCAGUCUCCUAUCCUGUCCCGACAUAUGUUCCCUGCCAAAGCAGUUCCAGUUUUGUGUUUGGAAAACUGCACAGUGUGUAUUAAGCUUUUAGCAAAUACUGGGUGUUAGUAAAAGUAAUUUUUACUACAGAAUGACAUAGUUUCAGAAGAAAAAAUACCAAUCUAGGGAGUCCUUUCUCUGUGUAAAAGUUUAUUUAUUCAGUUUGCUUUGCACAAACCCUUCUUUCUACUUACAAAAACACGAGAGGUUUCUUUGAUUUAUUGAAAUUAUGAAAACCUAGGAAUUCUUAGGAAUUGUAUUUACUAUUAAGCAUUUAGUUCCAAUACUGUUAAAAUACAAAGAACAACUAGAAGAACUCUGUUCAUGCGUGUAUUUGAGUGUGUGCAGACUCCUUCAAACACACACACACACACACACACACACACACACACACACAUUCUUUUCCCACUUUGUGAAAGUGAAAAUAGUGUUUAUUAGCCCUCAUAGUGGUUAGAAGUGUCAAAGUAUUACAGACAAUUGAAAAGAAUAAAAAAUUGUAUGAUUUGUUUGACAUAUAAAUGUAAACUGCUACUGUUUGUCAUAGAGAUAUUAGCACUUUUGUAAAAUGUAUCAUCUUUGUAGCAGAAAAUAUUAGUAUGUAGUUUAAGGAAUUCCUUUCUAUAUUUAUAUUCUUAAAUUCUGUUUUGUAAUGUUCACUCUAUAGGCAAUCUUGUAAGCACCUUGUAUAAUUAAAACAAGCAGAAUUAGAAGGAGAGAAAUGUGAAAAUACAGUUUAAAUAAAACUAACACAUCAGAAGUUAACUGUGUUUUAUAAUAGUUCUUGUGAAGUUGUACAGUGUUUCAGUAUAUAGUUCUGCAAACUGGCCCAUUUGAAAAAAUGGUAACUUGCUAUUCAUUUUUUUAUAUCAACUGGAUGUGCUAUUCUCAAACACUAUUUUGAAAUAAAGAUCUUUAUUUUGAAACUUUGGGAUAGCUGCUUCUUGUGGUCUUUUCCUGUUACUGUUCUGAAUGAUAUUUUCAUGUCUUGUUACUGUUUUUUUUUUUUCUGUUAUAAUGCUUCCUGAACGCUUUGAGUGAUUUGCACAGAGGGUGAACCAAUGUAGGUGGGUUAUCUUACAGGUGGAGCUAAACCAAUGCAGGCACUGGAAGCUAUGCUA